AUGGCAACCAAAGAAUCCGAAUCUGUCCAAUCUGGAUAUGUUGACAACUGGCAGAAAGGAAAGUCAGUCAUAGAGAGUCUCGGAUAUUCACUGGAGGAAAAGAUCUUGUGCGACGUCACCUUCAUAGUGGGAGAAAACCGAAAACGUAUACAGGCUCACAGGUUGAUACUCAGUCUGCGUAGCUGUGUCUUCAUGGCGAUGCUGACCGGACCUCUGUCGGAGCAGGAUGACAUUGAAAUCCCGGAUAUCGAUUCUGAUAUUUUUGAUCAACUUUUAAGGUUCUUGUACACAGACGUCAUAUCCAUUGAUGGUAGAAAUGUGAUCACUUUGCUGUAUGCCUCUAAAAAGUACGACAUUGUUGAUAUAGAAAACAAAUGCCUGACGUAUAUUGAGUCGUCUAUGUCGCCACAUGGAGUCUGUUUUGUGAUGGAACAGGCGCACUUGUAUAAUGAACAAGACUUGGUGCAGAAAGCUCUAGCGUAUAUUUGGCAAAAUGGCGAUGCAGUUUUAAAAUCUGAUACUUUCUGUGAACUUUGUCAUGACUGUUUUGUGAAAGUCAUAGAAGCUGAUCAACUAAAAGCCAGCGAGGAGUCUGUUUUUGAAGCUUCCAUCGCCUGGAGUGAGGCAGAAUGCAGACGACAAGGAAGGGAUGUAACUCCAGAAAACAGACGUAGCAUUCUUGGUGAUAGUAUGCAUCUCAUUCGGUGUUCUAAAAUAAACCCAACAUACUUUGUGAAGAAAGUAUCGCUGUCACGUUUGUUGACGGAAGAUGAAGAAAAUAAGAUCUACAGAUCCUUCAUCAUUCGAAACCAAGAUGUUUCACCAUUUAAAUCAAAACACAGACUCGGUACAAACAAAACGACCAUUCCAAUUAACCGAUUUGAUAAAACAUGCUAUGUCAAAAAGUAUUGGCAUGCCCUUAGCGGUUACAAGGGAAUAAUGUUUUGUUUGAACGCUAAUGCAGAACUACAAGGAUUUCAGUUGUAUGGAUAUUUCAACACUUCCGAUCCUUCUGUGAAAUAUUCUGUCAAAGCUUCUGUUUGUAAUGCUUCAACGGAUGACGUAAUACCUGGUUCAGCAAUAGAACAAGAAAUUUCGUCCAAUAAUGUAAUCUAUGAUGUAGACUUUCCCAGCCCCAUCCAGCUUAUUCAGGACAGAAAAUACAAUUUGACUGUGAACAUUACAGUAGCAUUAGCCAGUGAAGAUAAAUACCUUUUCCAGGGUGCAGAAGGAAAGUCAGUUGUAAGCCACGGAUCAUUCACGUGUUCGUUCUAUGACUAUAAGACAUGCAAACAUAUUGAAGGAAAACAUCUCACUGAUGUUCAAACUGGACAGAUACCGGGUUUAAAAUUCUUGCUGUAA